GGCAUGAACUCCGGGCAUAACCUGUCACCUGUGUAAUCUGAAAUGAAGCCAGAUCCUUUAGAGAGACAAAAGUCGAGGCCAUACUGUACUUUCUAAUUUCUUUGACACUGGCUUUGAAAAUAUGGAUGUCACGGUCAUCAUCGCAACGGCAGCAGGAGCUAUAACCACACUUGCUGCUGCUACUAUAGCAGCACUAUUAAUAAUAAAACGUCUGAGUUUUAAAGAGAGGGCAGCCAGGGACAAUGAGAGUACUAAAGAAUCAGGAAAAAACCCCACACCUUCUUUCAAGAUGGCAACCAAUGUGAAACAGGAAGCUGACGAAGAAUUGGAGAAGGAACAGAGCACACAAGAAGGGGACGAGAAGGAAUUGGGAUCCCAAGAAGAAGAGAAAGAACAGCACUUGCACAAACAAGCAAUCAAAAAGCGACAGGACAGCCAAACUUUGAGUCGCAGUCCCAGCGGGAACGACCCACCAGAGGACGCGGUCCGCGCGCCCGAGACUUCAGCUCCGGCAGCCCGACCCUCAGGCGGCGGGAUGUCUGUGGUUGGCAUUGACCUCGGCUUUCUCAACUGCUACAUCGCCGUAGCAAGGAGUGGCGGCAUUGAGACCAUCGCCAACGAGUACAGCGACAGGUGUACCCCGGCCUGUAUAUCUUUAGGAGCAAGAACUCGAGCCAUUGGAAAUGCAGCCAAAAGCCAGAUAGUCACAAAUGUAAGAAAUACAAUUCAUGGAUUCAAAAAGCUUCACGGGAGAUCAUUUGAUGAUCCUAUCGUGCAGACAGAAAGAAUCAGGCUUCCCUAUGAACUGCAAAAGAUGCCUAAUGGAAGUGCAGGAGUUAAGGUGCGGUACCUAGAAGAAGAGAGACCUUUUGCAAUUGAGCAGGUGACAGGAAUGUUGUUGGCUAAGCUUAAAGAGAUUGCAGAAAAUGCUUUAAAGAAACCAGUAGCUGAUUGUGUGAUUUCAGUUCCUAGCUUUUUCACUGAUGCUGAAAGAAGGUCUGUGCUGGCUGCAGCUCAGGUUGCAGGCUUAAAUUGUUUAAGGCUAAUGAAUGAAACUACAGCAGUUGCACUAGCAUAUGGAAUUUAUAAACAGGAUCUUCCCUCAUUAGAUGAGAAACCAAGAAAUGUAGUAUUUAUUGAUAUGGGACAUUCUGCCUAUCAGGUCUCAGUUUGUGCCUUUAACAAAGGAAAACUUAAAGUUUUGGCUACUACCUUUGACCCAUAUUUGGGUGGCAGAAACUUUGAUGAGGCUUUAGUAGACUACUUCUGUGAUGAGUUCAAGACCAAAUAUAAAAUAAAUGUAAAAGAAAACUCUCGGGCCUUGUUGCGUUUGUAUCAAGAAUGUGAAAAACUGAAGAAACUAAUGAGUGCAAAUGCAUCAGAUCUUCCACUGAACAUUGAAUGUUUCAUGAAUGACCUUGAUGUUUCUAGUAAAAUGAACAGGGCUCAAUAUGAGCAGUUAUGUGCUUCCCUCUUGGCCAGAGUUGAACCACCUUUAAAAGCAGUAAUGGAACAAGCUAACUUACAACGUGAAGACAUAAGCAGCAUAGAAAUCGUAGGAGGAGCAACGCGAAUUCCUGCAGUGAAGGAACAUAUUACCAAAUUUUUUCUUAAAGAUAUAAGUACCACUUUAAAUGCUGAUGAAGCUGUUGCAAGAGGAUGUGCAUUACAGUGUGCAAUUCUCUCACCAGCAUUUAAAGUACGUGAAUUUUCUAUAACAGACAUUGUUCCCUAUUCAGUCACAUUAAGAUGGAGGACCUCUUUUGAAGAUGGAGCUGGGGAAUGCGAAGUAUUCUGUAAGAACCAUCCUGCCCCAUUCUCAAAAGUCAUUACUUUCCACAAGAAGGAGCCAUUUGAACUAGAAGCAUUUUACAGUAACUUACAUGAAGUGCCUUAUCCUGAUCCAAGAAUUGGGACCUUUACUGUUCAGAACGUUUUCCCACAGUCUGAUGGUGAUAAUUCCAAAGUAAAGGUUAAAGUUCGUGUCAACGUCCAUGGAGUCUUCAGCGUGGCUAGUGCCUCAGUAGUAGAGAAGCAGAAUUUGGAGGGGGACCAUAACGAUGCUCCUAUGGAGACAGAGGGUUCAUCUAAGAAUGAAAGCAAAGAUGAUUCGGAUAAAAUGCAAGUUGACCAAGAAGAAGGAGGUCAUCAAAAAAGUCACGCUGAACAUACCCCAGAAGAGGAAAUUGAUCAUACAGGAGCCAAAACAAAGGGGAAGAUGUUAAUGCAGGAUAAGUUAGAGAAAGAAAGAAAUGAUGCUAAGAAUGCUGUUGAAGAAUAUGUAUAUGAUUUUAGAGAUAGACUGGGAACUGUCUAUGAAAAAUUCAUCACUCCUGAUGAUAUGAAUAAACUGUCUGCAAUAUUGGAAGACGUAGAAAAUUGGCUCUAUGAAGAAGGAGAGGACCAACCGAAACAAUCAACUCCCUCAGACAAGCAGGAUCGAUUAAAUCAGACCAUUAAAAAAGGAAAAGCCAAAAGCAUUGAUCUGCCUAUCCACAGUAGCCUGUGUAGACAGCUGGGCCAAGAUCUUAUCAACAGCUAUAUUGAAAAUGAGAAAUAUGGCCAGCCUAUUCAAGUGCGAUACAUGGAACAUGAAGAGAGACCAAAAGCUUUGAACGACUUGGGAAAAAAGAUUCAACUUGUGAUGAAAGUGAUAGAAGCAUACAGAAACAAGGAUGAAAGAUACGAUCAUUUGGAUCCUGCUGAAGUAGAAAAAGUUGAAAAAUUUAUCAGUGAUGCCAUGAGUUGGCUGAACAGCAAGAUGAAUGCACAGAACAAAUUAAGUCUCACUCAAGAUCCUGUGGUAAGAGUGGCAGAAAUAGUUGCAAAGUCAAAGGAAUUGGAUGAUUUCUGUAACCCCAUCAUUUACAAGCCCAAGCCAAAAAUAGAAGCUGCUGAAGAUAAGACAAAAGCUAACAGUGAACACAAUGGACCAAUGGAUGGACAGAGUGGGCCGGAAACCAAGCCAGAUGUAAAAGACAGCUCACAGCAUACGAAAUCUUCAGGAGAGAUGGAAGUGGACUAAGUUUUAAUUUUAUCUUUAUAUAAUUCAAACGCUGCAAGUAACCCCAAGGUCCAUUCAUCUUUUACAUCUGGUACACACAACAGAUAUUCAGUUCCAAACUACUUUUUGUCAUUUGUUUUUAGAGUAGUUUUGAAGUGUUCUAUGAGUGCACCUCUGUUCAUUUCCAUUGCUGCUUUUGUGAAGCUUUGAAUGCAAAUUUACAGAAUGCAGAUUUACACAUCAGUUUAAGCUUUCCUGAUAACUAUUUCAUAUCAGACAUGCAAGAUUUAGUAUGUAAUUGGCAACAGUCUACCUUAUUUAAAGCUCCUACCUUGGAUAAAUCCCCAGUUUCUUUAUUCAAGAAAGGAAACUAUUGCACUAUUGUUACAGACAGAUAGACUUAAUCACAUUGUUAUUUUGAAAAACAAAAUUGAUGUGGUUUAAAGCCACUGAGGCACUGACCUUUUUCUAGAUUGUAUUAGUUUAAAUAUUAAAUGAGAGGUCAUUCAACAAAUUAGUCUAUCUCAUUGAUGUAUCAUGAGAACUUCCGUUUUGUAGUCAUCGAAGAAAUGAACCAAAUCCCAUGUGGAAAAGAGAAAAUGCACAAUUUUAUGUUAAGGUGACACCAGCAAUUUACUUCUUUUAUUAGUAUUGCAAAUGGAUGUUUUCUCAGAGUAACUCUUAUCUUUUUCAUCUGAAACUUUUAAAUUACUUGUGAAGGCCAGUUGCUGUUAAAAUAAUGGUAGCCUAUACGUUCAUGUUAUAGGGAAAAUGCUAUAGACCACAACAGAUACAUCUGAUGUUGCUAGCCUUGUUAAAGUUUUUAAUGGUUGUGUUGGUUUUCUUAGUUGAUUUUGUUAAUAAUACUUUAACACAGAAUAGGGAGAAAUGGCACACUGCAUUGCAUUAUAUAUACUGAUUUACUGUUAAAGUAUAAACACUAUUAAAUAAGCAGUAAUACUUGAAAAGGAGCACUUAUACUUACAAGUCUUAGGAAGUAAUGCUUGUAAUAAACUUAACUAUGUUAUAUAUCAAUAGGCAAAUGUAAUAUGAUAUGAUGUGAUUAAAUUGUAGUCCUGCUGUUAAAUUACCUUUUGAAACCUUGGCUCCAGUUUUGGUGGGAAGAAGGGACAGUGCACUUAGUGUUAAGUAUUUCCUGUAUGCUUCAUCACCAGCCUUGUUUACAUCUCUCAGUUCUACCCAGAGGCUUGCAGCUGUUUUCCCAUGGUUAAAGAUGUAAGUUUAACCUAUGAGGGGAAGAAGCAUAGACAAAUGUAUGGGCCUUUGUGUUCCUAGUCAUGAGACUGACGGGUUAAGAUUCUGAAAGGCUCACUUUUUCCCCAAAACUAAAUCUUUAUAGUAAAAAGAAUUAACAUUGAGUUAAGUAGUAUAUAUUGAGUAUAUCUUCAGGGAUAGUCAUUUCUCAAACCUAGUUCUCUAAUAGAGAUUUUGUUUCUACAAUGUAGCCUCCACAUUUCAAAAGGAGAGUAUGGAGCAGUGUGUUUUGCAGGGAUUUUUUUCUUCACCCUUUUGAGGGGAGUGUCCCUAUUUUGCAUAUAAAAGAUCCCUAUAGCCCUAACAUUUUUUAAUGUCUAUGUCUUAAUACUCUUUAAAUGAAGUAAUUACAUCUGAUAAUUAAUGAAACAUUUUUUAAAAAUGGGUGUCAAUGGAGUGCAGUGGUGUACAUCUACAAUCCUAGCUGUAUAAGGAGGUUGAGGCAAGAGGAUUCCAAGUUGAAGGCCAACCUGGGCAACAUAAUGAGACCCUGUCUCAAAAAUAAAAAAGAACAAAAAGCACUGGGGAAUGCAGCUUAGUGUCAGAGUACUUGUCUAGCACACUCAAGCCCUGGGCUCAAUCCCCAGUACUGCCAAAAUAAAAAACAUAACUAGGGAAAGGAAUAUGUAACACCACAGAAGGAGACUGGAGCCUUUUUUUUUUUUUUGGUUAAGACUCCCACUCCUUUAGCUAAGAGAUAUACCUCAAAAAUUUCCUAGAAAUAAAUGGUGGGAAUGGCCCUUUGCACAUUAGAAGUAUCUAGUAUAUCCUGACAUUUUCUGUUCCCUCUGUUACAUCAUUUGAGUUUUGUGUUUUACUCAGUUAAUAUCUCUUUGUAUGUAACUAUAUGAUGCUUCAUUAGUAAGUUGAAUAUAUCCAAGAUAAUAUAUAUGCUUGUCCUACCAGUUAAUUCAGGGUGAAUACCUUCAAAAACCAUUAUCCUACAAGGUAGUUAUUUAUUGAAUUCACAAACUAAAGAGAAUGUGUUCUGCUAAAUAUACUUUCCACAUUCCAUAGACAGAAUGGAUGAGUCCAGUUUUAAUCUGCAUUAAUAUAUGCAAUACUAGUUCAAAAAUUAAAGAUAUUGCAAAAUAAAAAGUUGCUGUUUCAGAAUGAUUUUAAAGAUGCUUAACAAAACCAAACAAUGUCAUAUAGUAGGCAGAAAUUAAGAAUAUGAGGCCAGGGAGAUGGCUCAGUAGAAUAAACGCUUCCCUGGCAAGUGCAAGGACCUG